AAACUCUGUUGCAACUUCACAUGUUUUGUCUGAAUCCCCCUUAUUUAACGCGCAACCUUAAGCUUAUGUCCGAACAAUGGCUGUAUAUAUGUCCGACCCCCAUAAACACUUUGCGAUCAUCCAUCUUACAUAUACCGACCAAAAUCCAAACAAACAAAAAAAAAGAGAGAGCCCAACAGAGACUGGUCGCAUCGAUCAUGGCGGACGCUGGGGAAAAGGCAGAGCACGACCGUAUCUUCAAGAAAUUCGACGCCAACGGUGACGGGAAAAUAUCGGCGGCCGAGCUAGGGGAGUCCCUGAAGACACUUGGGUCGGUCACGGGCGAGGACGUGAAGCGUAUGAUGGCCGAGAUCGAUACCGACGGCGACGGUUACAUUUCUUAUCAAGAGUUCACCGAUUUCGCCGCCGCCAAUCGCGGCCUCAUGAAGGAUGUCGCCAAGAUUUUCUAAAUUUUGCAACAACAGAAAAGCUCCAUUUUAUUACGCGCGCACACACACAUAUAUAUAUAUAUAUACAAAUAGCCGAAGGAUUCGGAUUCCAUUGUUACGUUCUUGUUCUUGAUUCCAUAUCCAUGUAAUGGGGUAUGUGGAUCUUUCUUGAAAUAUAAUGAAGUUCGUUCGCCACCACAAUCUCGUCUCGUGUCCCUUCCGCUUAUAAUAUCAUUUCUACGUGUAUGUAUCUAUAUUGCUCUUAAUUAUAAAAGGUUUAUGUAAUAUCUACCGAAAUAACAAAGUCCAUCCGCUCUC